AUGAGGCGCAGAGCAACAUUCAUCCAUGAUGGUGCUUCAGAGUUCAACCCCGAAUCUGUCCAGGUCACCAAGGACCGCUUCUUCCUGCCUGAGAUCAAGGCGGCGCGUGAGGAGCAGUUGAAAUACAGCCUCGAUGAGCUUCCAGAAGAGCUCCAACAUGUUCUGAUCAAUGCCCACGAGCUGCAUCUUCGCUGGGCCCCAGAGCACCUUUACAACACCGUGGCCCCCUACCUCUCCCGGCUCUCGCCUGGAUUGCAUGUCUUCUACACUCCCCUCGAGGGUGGCUCAGAUGAUUUGCUCUGCCCAUUGCUUCGCAAAGCGUUCGACAAUGACCUCAAAUGCCGCUCUCCCAGCCACACCUUUAUCAAAUCUGCUAAUACACCCACCGAGUUCAGCACUACUCCUGCGCUCCAGUACCAUUCCGUCCUACCUGAUCUCGACCAUCUCGCCGCCUACCUUCAGCGUACCGUGUGUCCGCACUCAUCACUGUUGUGCAUUCAUUCUACUACCCUACUGUCCACCGCCGAUGCUCUCGACCUCUCUUGGGAUGCCAUCUCCAACACUCUGACCCUCACGGCGUUUUGGUCGCGCCCACCCUCAUUCCUGGUCGACCCCGAAGCUAACACUAAGACCAACGAUGCUUGGUCCCUUUCCAUCGACACACCACCCACAAACUCCCGCGUUGAAGUCGGCAUCCUGUCCUCCGAGCCUCCCUCGGACGAUCCACACGAGCUCACACUAUCCGGCUUCCUGACCGUCCUUGGCAAAGACACCUCACCCAAGCCAACACGCUUCUCGUUCCCGAGUCGGCACCACUCGAUCCCGGCCUCUCAGCCGCAGACCUACACGGCCACCAUUACAGAGCCCCAAGGAUUGCAUCCCACGCUACGCAUCAGCUUCCCCAAUGCCACCGCCCUGACCCCUCCAUCCACGGCGCCUCCUGACGCACAAUGCGCCCUCCAAAUCCACCUGACACUCCCAUCUCCCAUUUUCGUGGACCCCUAUGCCCUCAAGCCCUCAGACCCCAACUUCGUGGCCUCCCACCACAUCACCGCUGUGCACGCCCUAGCAGGCUACACCGACCUCGAAGCCCCCGCCUACCUACCCUCACCAUGGGGCUCCACCUUGCUCCUGACCCCCUCCCUUCCUUCCACCGACAACCUCCACCAACCAGCCGAAGCCACCUGGGACGUCACCAUCCCGCUCCACCUCCGCUACCUUCCCCCUUCCCCACAAAGCCACCUCCCCACCACCCUCCCCUGGCCCACCAUCUACUGGGCCUGCACCGCCGACUCCGGCACCAAAUUCCCCAUCAACCCCUUCGACCGCAUCCACCUCGGCUACGACGGCGCCUACGGGCCCCGCACCAUGUUCUACCACUUGACCCCGUCCAACAACAGCACCCGCCUAACAGAAACCCUCCAAGUCCCCGUCUACGACACCUCGCGCCUCUCGCCCUACACCGUCGAGGUCGUGACCCUCCUGUGCAUCGUCGCCGGCUUCGCGUGGGUGCUGGUCAAGUUGUGGCCCGCGCUGUGGAAGGAGUUGCAGGCUUACGUGCCCGAGACGGUCCUCACGGACAAGCCGAUGACCAAGGAGUGGGAGGAGCCGGUCAAGGGUGGGCCGCCGCCGCCGGCGGGGGUGAGAAGGAGGGUUGGUGGUUGA